AUGUCUCAUCUGCGAAGUGCACGCUCCACAGAGGCACCAAUGGACUGGGAUUACACUUCACGGAAAUCGGUGGAACCAGUUUGGGCGAGGAAAGAUGACCCAGCGACACCCAAGAAACGUCCUUUAACCGAUGCAAACUGGCAACCUCCUCCACUACAACCCCCUUCAUCGCCUAUGUUCGGUGCCAAUCGAAAUGUUCCCUUUAUCUUCAAUGCGACACCAUCCACGCCAGCACCGCCCGUGCACCCAUGGGCACCCCCUCCCAAUUUCUCGCCAACUAAACCCAUAUUCGAGCCUGAAGUACGUGAUGUUGAUAUGAGCGAAGCAACACCCCCACAAACCGAGGAGAAGCGAGGUCGUUCUGUUGCUGCGGGCGCUUUGCGACGAGUCUACAAGUCUCGGACUAAAGCCCGAGCAGAAAAACUACGAUCACAAGGCGUCACAGAAGAGGACGCGAGCGACUCAGAAGAUGAAGACGAAAAUAAGAGAGUGGCUCCAAUUAGACAGAGCACUUCGAACCACUAUACACUGCAUAUGCCUUCACCGCCUGCUCCGCAGUCUGAUCUUCCAUAUAUUCUGUCUGGGUAUUUGCAGUUCUUCUUCAACUUAGCGUUGAUCCUGCUGUUCCUGUACCUCGUGGUUCAGUUUAUCAUUACAGUCCAGCGUGAUGUCCAAGAGAGGAUCUCCGAGUACUCAAUGGAUAUCGUACAGGAGAUUGCCAUGUGCGCGACGCAGUACAAGACCAAUUGCGGUACCCAUACGGUUCCUGCCAUGUCGCACCAAUGCGGAGUUUGGGAAUCGUGUAUGAACCGUGACCCAAGCAUUGUUGGACGUGCCAAAGUCGGCGCCGAGCUGAUCGCGGAAGUAGUGAAUGGGUUCGUAGAGCCCAUCAGUUGGAAAACUUUAACCUUCACGUUGACUUCGCUAUCCUUCUUGACGGUUUUCAUCAAUACGCUAUUUUCCAUCUACCGUUCACGGCACCAACCCGGGACUGCCGCACCGCCACUUCACACAUCAUAUUCCAUGCCCCCUCCCACGCCGUACCAGCACUUCGGAAACUAUCUGCCUCCGGCAACUCCUACCCCGGCUUGGGGUAAGUCCUGGUCAGAUCCAAACGUGGACGACAUGCAAAGUCCCACUCGACGAAGACGUAUCGAAGGCGGGGGAUCUGUCAAGAUUAACUAG